CCCUGCCCUGCCAGCUGCACCCCAGCCCACUGAAGCGCUCGCUGUCACUGGUGCCCAGCAGCCCCCAGCCCGGCCAGGGGGGUGAGUGGGCGGGGGGCGGAGGCCCUGAGGACACCCCCUCGGCCCCAAGGGCCCCCCCCCCGUUCGGGGAACACGCCCCCCUGUCCCCCCAGAGCAGCGUGGCCUCAUCGGGCAGCGAACACACUGAGGAGCCCGGCGGGCGCAACUCCUUCCAGGAGGACGGCAGCGGCAUGAAGGACGUCCCCUCGUGGCUCAAGAGCUUGCGGCUCCACAAGUACGCGGCGCUGUUCGCCCAGAUGAGCUACGAGGAGAUGAUGACACUGACAGAGCAUCACCUGGAGUCGCAGAACGUCACCAAGGGCGCCCGGCACAAGAUCGCCCUGAGCAUCCAGAAGCUGCGGGAGCGGCAGAGCGUCCUCAGGGCGCUGGAGAAGGACAUCCUCGAGGGGGGCAACCUGUGGACGGCGCUGCAGGAGCUGCAGCAGAUCCUGGUGACCCCCAUCAAGGCCUUCCGGCCCCCUCCAGCUGCGCCCCCCCCUCCCGGGACCCCCGACGGAGCCCCCCCGGCCCCUACUCCUGACGCCUUUGCCUCUCCCCCGGCCCCCGACACUGAGGCCCCCGCGGCCCCUGUCCCUGACGGGGACAUCCCGGGCCAGUUCACCCGGGUCAUGGGCAAGGUGUGCACCCAGCUCCUGGUGUCGCGGCCAGAUGAGGAGAACAUCACCAGUUACCUCCAGCUGCUCGAGAAGUGCCUGAGCCACGAGGCGUUCACGGAGACGCAGAAGAAGCGGCUCCUGUCCUGGAAGCAGCAGGUGCUGAAGCUGCUCCGCGCCUUCCCCAAGAAGGGGCCCCUGGACGGUCCCCCGGGCUACCGGCCCCCCAAGGGCUGGGCCUUUGGCUCCAACUCUCUCCCCAUAGCUGGCUCUGUGGGGGGGGGUCGCCCCCUCCUCACCUUGAAGUCAGGGAACACUGGCAUCACCUCCAUGGGGGUCACACGGGGUUUGCUGUAG